ACCUGGUGAGCGCAGCGAAGUGAACGCUGGGCAAUGUGUUGAGCGGUUAAAUAAGAAAAGUGCCUACCUACAACAAGUAGGAAAAAUCCCAGCUAGUAUUCUGCGGCAGCUCAUUCACCGAUAAGCGUUCGAGUUGUCAAGCUCCCAAGCUCCUUCAGCACCUCCAGCCAACCCAGCCAGUGUGGCCAGCUCUGUUGUCGUUGUCGUUGUCGCUGCUGUCUUCGUUCUGGUGCGUGGCAAGCCAAGUCUAACAUAUGGCAACAGCCAGCAGCACAAGCAUCGAUGCUAAAAUGCAGGCCGCUUAUCAUGAGAACUGUGCGCACUUCCUCUGCUGGUGGGCCGAUUAUCAUGGCAAGCAAUGUACAACAACAGCAACAACAGCGGCGGCAACACACAACAACUAAAGUGCAACAGCAGCGGCAGCAGCAACAGCAGCAGCAGCGACAACGGCAGCAGACAGCAGCAGCAACAGUGGUGCAGCGACGGCAACAAGGAGAAUGGUCUAGGCAGCGACUGCAACAACAACAACUGCAGCAGCAACAGCCUCAACAACACAAUCUUAUACGCAGCCAGCAGCAACAACUUGAGGCGACGCCGUCGACGUCGCAGCAGCAGCAGCAGCGUCGCCGUCGCCUACUGAUCGAGAGAUCGAGGAGACAGGCGGAGGAAGCGGAAAUAAGCGGUGGCUGCGGCCGCAUUUGCUGCAACCUGGAUGCACUGAGGCAACCAUUGAGGCAGCUGCAGUUCGGUUCUCUGUCGGCGCUACUGUUGCUGCUGUUGCUGGCCACACAUGGAGAUUCUGUGCAGGCGGAGGGCAAUGUUGGCUGCCAGUUUGUUAGGACGCUUUGCAUACCCCAUUCCGAGGUCUGCUACGAUGACAACAUCUUUGGCAAGUGCAUUCCCACCACCGGCGUGGACGUUGAGGACAUUGAGAAGACACCACUCACCGAGGACCAAUCACGUCUGCUGGCCACAAUGCUGGAGGAGCUGCAGGGCGCCGGCCUAGGCUGGGAUCAUCACUAUGUGCAGUGCCGCAUCCAGGGAGCCCUCUUCUCGCUGCAACGCCAACAGCAACUGCCACCGAAUCUGUGCGCCAAUCUGGCGCCGGUACAGUCCGAAUUCGAUGCCGACCCGGUCAGUGCUUUGGCCUAUGUACGCUUCUCGCCACCCGAACAACAGCAGCAGCAGGAGCAGCUCGAUGGGGGCAACGUUGACUACUUCGAGGAGCAGCCGCAGGCUCAGAGACCCGCUCAGUUCUAUCCGAUGUUGCACAAGAAGCAGCCACAGGACAGUGGCUUCAACAGCAUUCUGCAUGAGUUGCAGCUGCAGGAUCGUCGGCGACUGCGUCACGAUCCGCUCGAGUUGGAGCACUUUGGCAAGCUGGACGGGCAUACGAAGAGCACGCAAAUGGAGCUGCCCAGUGUGAUGGAUGCCUUCCUGGAAACGGAACGGCAGCGCAUUGAGCGGGAGCAGCAGCUGCGCAUGGCCGAGCAGGAUGCCAAUCAGAAGGCAGAGCAGCAGAAUCAAUUGGAACUCUAUCAGAUACUCGCCGCAUCCGAGCCCGAUCCGCAACCGUAUCAGCGUAAGCAGCAGCCCGCCAAUGCCAUGGAUCAGCUGGAGGCCAUUGUGGAGCAGCAGCAGAAGCAGCAACAGCAGCUCCAGAAGCAACAGCAGCAGCAGCAACAACAGCAGCAGCAAAUGUCCGAUGCAGAUCAGCCGCAGACGCAGAUCUUUGUGCCCGGCGAGGUAAACGAAUCGAGUGAGCUCUAUUUCCCCGACAACUAUGCGCCAUUCAAGCGUCGCGGAAAUGCCGCGGAUGCAGUGGAGCAGCCCAAGCGUUCCUUCUUCCGUGAGCUGGCCAACGAGCAGGGUUUACCCCAGGAGCCGUUGGUCGAGUUGCAAGCGCAGCCGGAGAUGAUGAAGCGACGACCCAGCGACAACGAUAUCAAUGCCCAAGAGCAAGAACUGGCCUUUGAGUCAAGUUUGCGUCGCAAUUCGCUGACACCGCUGGAGGAGGAGGCCAUGUUGGCCUCCAAUAGCUAUCCGCGCUCGCUGCACAAUCAACGCGUCUACACAGAGGGAGGACUGCUGAUGAUGCCACAGGAUGAGCUACUCGAUGCCCCACAAGCGGAUGAUCCCGCCGACCUCAAACAGUCGCUGCUCGCCAAUAUGUUAGGCUUUGCCCGUCACGAGCGACUCGAUGUAAAGAAACCGGGACCGCAACUGGGGCCACCAGCUGAGCUGAGCAAUGAGCUGGGCACGGAGAAACCGAAAUCGAAGAGCGAAGAUGGCAACAAGGAGGUGCUGCCCGCGCACAUCAAGGGCGGCGAUGUCAACGAACCCUUCAAGAAGAAGAAGGUCAUCAAGGAGCAACACUCGGACGAGGAUCAUGCGCCGCACACCGUAGACACUGAAUAUGCACAUGUGUUCGUCAAGAACCCAAUCGACAGUUGGUACGAUGGGCAGCGCAUUAUGAAUGAGCUGGCGCAAAUACUACACAUGCAGGGAUACUUUUCUUAUUUAACCGUUCAACCACACGAAGUCAGCUUCCGGGUUGACUCAAACAACCCCGAGCGCAAGACGGCCGCCGAUGUGGCACGCUACAUCAACGAGAACCGCGGCGUCAAGAACAACAUCCAGCGACGGGUUGGCUUCUACGUUCUGCACGCUGGCGUCGGCGACAAGGUCAAGGAUCUGCGGGAUCCCAGCGUGUCGGCAUCACGCAUCGAGCUGGCCGAGCAAGGUCCCGACGUUACACACAUUAUGGCUUACAUGUUUGCUGGUGCCGGGGCAGCGGCUGUGAUUGUGAUCUUUGUCACCUUGAUACUGAUUAAGCGUCACGAUCGCAAGCGCGACAAACUGGGUGGCUUGCAGUCGGGCAUCUCGGGUGCCGAGAGUUGCAGCAAGGACUACCAGGAUUUGUGUCGAGCACGCAUGGCGGGCAAGAAUGGAAACGCGACACCCGGCACAGGCAAUGGCGGUAAUGGUGGAGCAACUGCAUCGGAAACUGCGCACAGUGGACGCAUCACAUCGCUGAGCAAGGAGAACGAGGGUCGGCCACCAUCCUCGCGCUCAAGCACCUCAUCCUGGAGUGAGGAGCCGGCGCUGACGAACAUGGAUAUCUCAACUGGACACAUGGUGCUGUCUUAUAUGGAGGAUCAUCUGCGUAACAAGGGACGACUACAGCGGGAGUGGGAGGCUUUGUGCCGCUAUGAAGCGGAGCCAAGUGCUCGGGAUGCCGCCUCCCAGCCGCAGUGCGCCAAUCUGAAUCGACCUGGCGCACCUUUGCCCUAUGAUCAUUCGCGGGUGGUGCUCAACCAUCUGGCAAAUGCCGAAGGACUGGACUAUGUGAAUGCCUCAACGAUUACCGAUCAUGAUCCACGCGCACCCGCUUAUGUGGCAGCUCAGGGACCGCUGCCCUCGACCCUGGCGCAUUUCUGGCAAAUGAUUUGGGAGCAGGGCGCCGUUGUCAUCGUGGCGCUUUGCCGUCUGCAGGAGAAUGGUGACGUUGCCUGUGCGCGCUACUGGCCGGAAGAAGGUUCCGAGGUCUAUCACAUCUAUGAGGUUCACUUGGUUAGCGAACACAUUUGGUGUGACGAUUACCUCGUACGUUCUUUCUACCUGAAGAAUCUGCGCACCAGCGAAACACGCACCGUCACCCAGUUCCACUUCCUCUCCUGGCCCCAGAAUGGUGUGCCACCCCAGGCCAAGGCGCUGCUCGACUUCCGACGCAAGGUGAACAAAUCGUAUCGCGGUCGCUCGUGCCCUAUUGUGGUGCAUGGCAGCGCUGGCGCCGGACGCACUGGCUCCUACAUACUGUUGGAUCUGGUGCUAGGACGCAUGAACAAAGGCGCACGUGAAAUCGACAUUGCCGCCACGCUCGAGCAUCUGCGCGAUCAGCGAGCUGGCGUCGUGGCCACUCGACUGCAGUUUGAGUUUGUGCUGAUGGCCGUCGCCGAAGAGGUGCACGCCAUACUGAAGGCUCUGCCGGCGAACACAUCGGGCGAGAAGCGCGAACUGGACAAGGAUGCUGGCGGAGCCACCAAGGAGCCGCUGAAGGAGGACAAGGCGCAGGAGGCAGCCGAGGAAGAGGCGCCCACCAGCAGCAGCAAAGCGGCCGCCAAGGAGAAGGAGAAGGAAAAGGAUAAGAAGGGAAAGGAUAAGGAGAAAGAGAAGGAGAAGGAGAAGGAGAAAGAGCAGACAAAGGCAGCCGCUGAGCAAAAGACGCCAGCGAAGACGACGUCGGCCAAGCAAACAACGGCCAAGAAGUAAUGAGAGGGAGAGACGUCGAAAACAACAACUUUUAGUUAAAAAAUCUGUUUGUUGCAGCGUUUCGGGGGUCCUUUUUAUGUCUUAUUAUAAACUUAUAUAAAUAUUAGUUGUUGUUGUAGCUAGAUUUAAACAGUAUACGUUUCCACAACACAACACAACAACACACAGAGAACAACACAACACACUACACAUAUGAUUUGGCAUAAGCACUUGGAAGGUUCGAAACGGGCUCAAUAUGGUCGGCUAGCGAUGGAUACAAAACAAAACACACAAACAGACACAAAUUACACAGUUCAGUUGAAGCAAAACCAAAAACAAAACAAAACAACUAAAAACUAAACUUAAGUUUUGCACCUACAAAAAAUGCACCACAUAAAGAGAAGAAAUUAAAGUGAGAUGUGCACAUGCAACGCGUUGUGGCAACCACUUGCCAACGGUCGGCAUGCGGCUCCAGGUGAACACACCAGCCCGUGGCAGCUGGAGCGCAUCUCUGGCUAAGGAAUGAAAGUGUUUGUCGCUGGUGUGGCAUGUGGCACAUGUGGCGAACAGAAGACCGCAGACAAAGCACAUCGGUGUCGGUCGGUGUCUCAGCACUAUGCAAAAAUGAAUUAUGAACAAAAACAAUGCACUUGUAUUUCUACUACUCGUAAUACCAAAAAUCAAGCAAAGUCACAUAACAUAUUUGAGUGUUAUUUAUACUCUCUACUCGUAAAAUACAACAACAACAAGAAGAACACGAAAAUAACGAUAUAUUUAUGAACAUUAUAUACAUGUGUAGCUGUUAAGCAUUUAAUUCAAUUAUGAAUGCAUUUUACUUACGCGUUUAUAUCGAUGUUGAACGGCAAAACGAUACAUACUACAUAUUAUUAUCAAAGCAAACGAAGCAAAAUACGAGUACCACAUAAUAUGAAUAUAUCCAUAUGAAUAUCCAAAUUGAAAAUUAAACCGAAUAUGAUUGAUGUGCUUGAAAUAACCAGACGAAUAGAUGAAGAAACAAUCGAGCUAAAUGGUAUACAUAUGCCGUCUAAAGACAAACAACUAACAACUAUAUAACAAGCCCAACACACAAACACUUAACACACGCACACACAUACACACAGACGCUUAAACACUUAACACAAAUACACUGAAGACAAUUGAGACAUAUUCUACACAUACAUACACACAUAUAAAUCGCAGAAGGAUGCAUUCAAAAUUUGUACCUAAAACUAAUCGAAGGAACGUAUGGAAAAGUAUUGAGGGAUUUUGAGAUGAAUAAACAAAUGAUAAAAUAUUUCUAUUUACAAGCAGAUACAACAACAAAAGACAAAAGACGCUAUUGAUGUGUAUGACAAUUAAUUAUACAAGUUUACUAUAUAUAUUUAAAAAGCAUAUAUAUUAAUAAAUACAAAAAAUAUAUAUACAUAUAUAUGAAUACAAUAUAUACAUUAUUCAUAUACAAUAUUGUGAAUGUCAAUACUUACAUAUAUUUGUGUGUAUUACUAACGACUUUAACUACUAUAUAUCUGUGUGUACAAGUAUUUUCGAAAAUAUUUCGAAUAUUGUUUUACCAAACCAUAUGUGUGCGAAUUUAUUCAGUUAUUAUUCAAUUGUACUACUACAAAUACUUCUACUUCAUGCAAGAGAAAAAACAAAUCGGAAAAAACGAUCCAUAAUAUUAUUUAACCAUACUUAACUUAAGUAUUUAAACGAAGAAGCAGAAAGCACUCCCGAUCAAUUUGUAGCACAGUUUUACAACAACAACAACAACAACAAAAUCUAUUUAUCAUCUGAAUAGCAACAAACUUGAGGCAGCUAAAAGCUGCGACUGCAGAUUGCUCGGGAGGCAAAACAAGAAUGUGUUGAAUUGGAGGAUGUGCCACACACAUAUGAAUCAUGCUGAGGUAUCCCAAGCGAUGAUAGCCUCAGGCAUGGCAAAUGCAAAACAAAAUUGUACAUUAUUGCCGGCUAAAAGAAGAACAGGAAAUAUACACAACACAAACACAAGUAAAACACAUACACAACAAAAAAAAAUACACUAAACAAAAACGGAAACAAUUCCCCACUCAGGCAUGACCCUUUGAAUGUUUCAGAAGGACAAAUAGCAAACGUUAAACAGGAUUAAUAACCAGAUAGCACUCGGUUAAAAUGUGAUUGUGCAGUCUCAAAGGCUGCCAAUCACAAUCACCAACACAACACAGUACACUCAACACAGCACAAGGAGCAGCCACAAAGAUACAAAUGACUUAUAAAGCUACAAAAUUGACUAAAUCUACAAAUAAUGAAAUAAUGAAACAAACAAUUCUAGUGAAGUAAGCGCAAAUUAUUCAAAAAAUAAAACAAUUAGAAAAAUACAAAAAAAGUGGAAAGUUGAAAAUGAAAGCAAGAAUGUUGAAAGGAAGAUGAACGAGGAAAGUGGAAAGCAGUUGAAAUGCAAAUGCUGCAAGCUAGCAACAAAAAAUUACAGAAAAAAAAUAUCUCAUAAUUUAUGAAUAAAUACAAAUAAUUAACAGUUUUAUGUAGCAGUUGAUGUUAAAAGAAAAAACAUAUUGCAAAAAUGAGUUAAACGUAGUUUGAAGAAUUUUCAACAAAUAAUAAUGUUAAGCAAAUACCACAAAACAAAACACUAAACAAAUUUAACUAGACGCAAUAUUUAUUUGUUAGCAUUUCCUUCGUUAUCGACAAAUUUUAAUGAAAACACACGACAAACACUAAAAAGCAAAUGAAAAACAAUAUUACAAUAACUGUGGCGAGCCCAACAACAACUUCGGGCUUGCAAAAAAUUCCCAAAAAAUUUAAAUAAAAUUUACUAACGUGGUAGAAAGUUAAAUAAAAGCAAAAAACAUAACAGAUUAACAUAAGCAAAUAAAAUGAAAAUAUUUAGUAGUGAGUUUUUUAUUAAUUUAACGAAUAAUUCAAACAGAGUUUUUUCCAGUGUUAAAUUAUUAAUUACUAAAACAAAAAUUUCAACUUGUUCUUCGACAAACAAAUUAAAUAAGUGUACUAAAAAACCAAAAAAAAAAAAAGGAAAGUGAAAAGAUGAUAAGGAAGCUAAAAAGGCAAAUAAAACUCUAAAUGUAUUGUAGUAAAAAGCAAAAGCUUAUUGAUGUAUAUUUGAGGUAUAAUAAUGAUAAUAUUUCUUAUAUCGAAGAAACACAACAACCAUGCGUAGAUUAUUGAACGGAACUUACACAUAACACAUCAUAAUAAACGUUAUAAUAUUAUGAAAGGCAUACAUUAUGUUAAAUAUACUUAUAUUACAUAUUAUAAUCGAAACAUACUAUAUAUAUAUAACAUAUAAUGUGUGCGUAUAAGAGGCACAGUUUAUCAUUUCCAAACAACAAAAAAUCUAUUUUCAUUGAUGGUGUAACAUAGAUAUACAAAACGAUGCAUAUACAACAAAAGAAAAAAGAUAAUUUAAACAUUAAACCCGUACGAACAAAAACAAACGUCGGAACGGUAACUAACAAUAUAUGACCCAGGAGAUCUGCUCUUCCAUCUUAACUCGCUAGACAUGGGGAAGCCAGAAGAGCAGAGCUCCCCAAUGGGAGGAUUAAGUGUAAAAGCAAACAACUUGACCGGGUUUGGACUCGAUCGAGAUGGAGGACUUCGAACAGUACGAAUUGCAGUUAGACGAAGAAGAAGAAGGAGAAGAGUGGGACAGACCUUGAUGACCGACUGACUGACGAACCGAAUACAAUAUGGUUUGAGUUCCUAGAUAAACGCAAGCUGACUUAAUAACAUGGACAGGCUGUAAAUACGCACAUCUCAACUCUCGGACAACGCAUCUACUACUAAACGAUAACAAAAUACAUAUAACAUAUAGUUACCUGACCCAGGACAAAUGUCACAGACCUCACGGACCGACCCUAGUUAUAGGCCUACAUAAUGAGAUUAACGCAGACGCCGUCGCAAUUCGUCCUGUAGAAGAAACCUUGAUCCGAUCGAUGUUCCGGCUUAGGGAUAGCUUUGUUAAUAGAGUUAAUGUGAAAUCAGCAUACAUAUGACGUUCAACAUGACAUAUACAUAAUAUAUAUAUAUACUAUAUAUAUAUAUGAGAAAGUACUACGAAAUAAAAUCAUAUACUUAUAUACGUAUAUUAUAUAAAUGUUUGAGUUGAUUCAAAUCAAAUAAUAUACAAAUACAAAUAAAUACAAUGGAAAAAUAUAUCGUAAAGAAAAUGGUAUGGCAAAUAUCGUACAUUAAACAUAUGCAUAUUUAUGUGUACUUAUGAUAACGGAACAAAAAUGAACCCAGAUAAAUAAUUAUGCAUAACAUCUACUAAAUGCAAAACAAAUAUUAUAAAAUAAAUAAGCGAAAUCAAAUAAGCGCAGGCUUUCAUACAUUUUUGGAAAAACAAAAACAACAAAAACUAAAUGAGAAAAUUGUAAGCUUAAGUGAAAACAUUUCAAAAUAUCGAUGUGUUUAUAAUAUGAUUAUACAAUACAAACAAAUAUAUAUGUAUGUACCUACUAUACAAUAUAUAUGUAUCUGUUAAGCCACUUGGCGAUGAUUUGUGUUAUAAACAAUUAAACAAAAUACAAACAAACAAAAAAAUAUCGAAAAAAUAUUCACAAAAAAAUUGUAAAAACCAGCAGAAAAAAUUAUGCUGGCUGAGGCCACUUAAUAAUUUAAAUGUAUUACAAUUUAUUCGAAAAACAAAAAGCUAAAAACAAAACAAACUACACUAAAACAGACAAAAACACACACAAAGAUAAGGUUAAAACAAAAAAAAGGAUGAAGAUAAACAGAUCAAGAACAUGUUUAUGGUCAUACCUAUUAAAGGUUUUUUGUGCAAGCAUAUUAAAUAAUUAAGGCAUCAAAAUGUUUAAAUUCGCUAUGCAAUUUGAAUAUUUGCAAAACAAAACCAAAAAAAAAAAACAAACUAUAUAUAUAUAUAAAUGUAUACUUCAAUUAUUUACCACAAUAUA